CUGCAUCCUCUAUAUCUAGCCUCCCAGUCCCAGGUCCGUGGUCCCGUCGCUAGCUGAGAGGGACGAGAACCCGAACAACGAAAAACACGACGAGGGACACGACGAGGACGACGAUGGCGAGGAGCAUAACGAUGACGAGAACAUUGUUGAUAUCUUGCUCGCGGCAGGUGCCGACGCGAGCGCCACAGAUACGAAGGGGACGACGCCUCUUCAUCUCGCCUCCAUGCACGCCAACAUGGAUGCCUUCAAGCGACUCCAUACCGCACCUGGAGUUGAUAUCAAUGCCCAGGACAGACGAGGUGCGACACCGCUCCUCAUAGCCUGCAAAGCUGGUAACACGGAUGGCGCUUUGGUCCUCAUCGACAAAGGGGCAGAUAUUCUCAUCUCUGAUAUAAAUGGAGAUACACCCCUUCAUCUAGCAGUAAGGCAUUCACACACUCUGAUCGUCACAUCAUUGAUAGAAAUGGCGGAGAGCAAAGGGGACAUCAACGAGGUAAUGCUGAACGAGAAUUCCCGAGGUGUGAUCCCUCUAUACGAUGCGGUGAAGUGUGGGCACAGGGAUCUCUUCCAAGUCUGUCUCGACCAUGUUUCCAAGCGAACGAGCGAGGUGGACAUGAUGAAGCUGAUGAACUUCGCCGGUCGAGACAACGACGACGCUGUCCUUCACGUAGCCGCUGCGGCCGGGUAUCAGGACAUCGUCGAGGCUCUCAUCGCCAACGGAGCCGUGGUCAACCUGGUCAACUUUGACGGGCAGACCCCGCUGCACCUGGCAUGCGAAAAGAACCACGAGAGUAUCGCACUGUGCCUCGUUGAAAAUGGAGCUGCAAUCGUCGCAGAUAGCGCUGACUUGAACCCUUUACAGGUUGCUGUGAACAACGGAAGCUUCGAAACCUUGAUGUCGCUACUGCAGUACAUCUCAGCUGCUUCGGGUGGCCAAUCUGACGAGGCUACACAUAUCCUUCAAUGGUCGGCUGCAAACAACAAAGCGGAUAUACUCAGAAAGAUCCUAGAUUAUGAGUUUCGUUUCCAUGAGAUGACUGAUGAUGGGAUAAUGGACUUCAUCAUGGAUGCCGUCAAGAUGAAGCAUAAAGAGACGGUUCAUGUAUUAGUUCGCUGGAACAGGGCUGUUGUGGAUCAUCGAGACAAGCUCGGAAACACACCCCUUCAUCACGCCGCUGAGGGCGGGCAUCAAGAUAUCGCGCAGGAACUGAUUCAAGCCAAGGCCCAAGUUAAUGCCACGAAUGGUGAAGAUCUAGGUGGCCUAUCACCUCUCCAUUACGUAGCUGACCGUGGAUGGACUAGAACAGCCCGUGUUUUACUUGAUGCACAAGCAGAUAUUGAGCAGACGGACAGCCAAUCGAUGACACCCCUUCACCAUGCAUGUAAAGAAGGUAAUGCGAGCAUGGUAGAUCUACUGCUCUAUGGCAAGGGAGCUGGCGAUGUCUUCAAACCUGCUGACGUCACAGUACAGGACGCCAAGGGACUGAACUGCCUCGAUCACGCAAUCGACAAUGGACGCGAGACGAUCGCUAGGAUGAUCAUAACACAUAACAGAUGGUUAGAAGUGAUGUCGGUAUCGAGUCUGGAUGAGGAGACUAGCUACCGCACAACGCCGAUGCGAAAACUCAUUCGCUCUAUGCCAGACGUAGCCAAAAUGAUACUGGACCGGUGUAUAACCGUUACGGGCGGAACAAGUAUUCGGGAUAAAGACGUCCGUGUGGAAUUCUACUACGAGCUCUUAGAAGACGCGUUCUCACCCUGGAUGAAACCGACAGAUGAAGAUUUACCCCCUCACGAGGGAGUAAUAAACACUUUCUUGAAUCGGAUGUACAGGAGGGUGUCGACUCGACUACCGUCCGACAUCGACCACCAGUACGAUAAGCAAGAUCGCUUGUUCAAAUCAGCUCAACCUUUCAUCGCGGACUGCCAGGAGAGAAAUGAAAACCAUCCUUUGAAACUGAUGGUUUCUUCCAAACGUGUCGAUCUACUGGACCACCCACUCGUGACGACUUUCAUCCAGCACAAAUGGAACUCCAUCGGUCGUUACAUCUUCUACGUGGGUUUCUUCGUCUACAUCACGUUCCUUGCGAUGCUGACCGGAUACAUCGUCGUGAUUCCGCCGAAUUACUAUGUACGUGCAGUCAACAAAACCACCAAUCCACCCACCAUUACGUGGUUUGCAAGCGGGGAAGUACGAUGGGUGAAGUCCGUGCCAGAUGCGGUCCUGGUCUUAUUCGACGUCGUUGGACCUACCGCGAUCAUGAUAUUGUCCCUUUUGAACAUUUUAAGAGAGUUUACUCAGAUGUUCGUUCAGCGGAUAUCUUAUUUUCAGGACUUCGGAAAUAUCAUGGAAUUGUUCCUCUAUCUCUUCGCCAUCAUAUUUUCUCUGCCUUUCAGCACGGUUGAAUACGUGAAGCACGGUAAUAUCAAACAGGACUGGCAAUGGCCGAUUGGCGCUGCAGCUGGCUUCUUAGGCUGGAUCAACCUGCUGCUGUUUAUCAGGAGUAAUUCGAAGCUUGGCAUCUAUGUCAUCAUGUUUAUAGACAUCUUCAAGACUUUCCUUCGAUUCAGUUUAAUCCUGUUCUUAUUCGUCAUGGCGUUUGGUUUGGCAUUCUACGCACUUCUCAUGAAUCAGAAUCCAUUUCACUCUCUGUUCGAUUCCCUGGCCAAGACGUUUGUAAUGAUGAUCGGUGAGCUGGAUUAUGCUGAUAUCUUCUUCGCUCAAGAUUACCUAGGGACAUCCAAUACUCUCGAGGCAGAUGGAGAGGCAGCCUAUUUUAUGAAUUCAUCUUUCUAUGGAACGAUCACUCAACUCUUCUUCAUCCUCUUCCUCAUCGUUAUGUCCAUUCUCAUGAUGAAUAUGCUGGUUGGUUUAGCUGUAGAUGAUAUCCAGGCAAUCCAAGAAAAGGCCAAUCUUCAUCGUCUUACUAUGCAGGCGAACAUGGUGUUGGAGAAUCAGUCAAAAUUCUCUCUGUGGAUAUGGAGAAGGUCUAUCGUUCGAAGGAAGAAGUUCCUAUCGUCGAACGAGAUUAAACUCAAGAAAUGGCUUCGACGGCUGACGGGUGGCAGAAAGCAACUCAAGAGGGCGCUGUUGAUCAGCACGGAUGCAGAGAAUCCUCUUAGCAUCGACUCACAUCAAGAUGAACCCUACGAGAAGAUCCGAGAACGUAUGAAGGACGUUAGCCUGAAGGUCGGACGAGCAACCAUUGAAAUGCUCGAAGAAGCCAAGAAAAGAGACACCCAGUUGAACAACAUACGUGAAGCUCAGGGUAGCCUCUACGACCGUACCGACCGUCUACAGGCAGCGCAAGAAUUCCUUGGAGAUCGGAUGGAGAUAAUGCAUCGGAAGCUGGAUGUCAUGAUGAAGAAAAUGAAGAUCAAGGAGAAGAAGAUCGAGGGUGUCUUCUGAGGUGACGUGUCAGGGAUCCCACAUUUGCUCCAGCAAUGAUUAUAUAUAUGUAUGUUUUAAGUUUCAAUACAAUACGUUAUGUACACUGUUGGUCAUAAUGGUGGAAUAAUUUUUUUUACCCCAAUUUAUGGAAUGAUU